AUGAGCUGCUGGAUGCUAUACUCACAAAGGGAACACAUUGUGUUUUGUAGGUUUGAUAGCAUUGAUCCUCACCGAGUUCUGGAUGCCAGGCACAGGGAGAUACAGCAGAUGGAAUCUACCAUGGCCUCCAUUUCCGAGGCUGCUGGCUUGUUUGAAGUCAAUGUUCCUGAUUACAAGCAGCUGAAGCAAUGCAGAAAGGAGGUGUGCCAGCUGAAGGAGCUCUGGGACACCAUUGGGUUGGUGACCUCCAGCAUCCAUGCCUGGGAGACCACCCGGUGGAAGGAGGUUAACGUGGAGGCUCUGGACUGGGAGUGUAAACGGUUUGCCAGGCACAUCCGGAACCUCGACAAGGAGGUCAGGGCCUGGGAUGCAUUCACAGGCCUGGAGAACAUGGUAUUGAACACCUUGACUUCCCUGAGGGCGGUGGCCGAGCUGCAGAACCCAGCUAUCCGGGAGCGGCACUGGAGGCAGCUGAUGCAAGCCAUGGGUGCGAGCUUCACCAUGGAUGAGGACGCCACCCUGGCCCAUCUCCUGCAGCUUCAGCUGCACCAUUUUGAGGACGAGGUCCGGGGCAUUGUGGACAAAGCUGUGAAAGAGAUGGCCAUGGAGAAGACCCUGAAGGAGCUGCAGACCACCUGGGCCAGCAGGGAAUUCCAGUGCGAGCCCCACCCGCGGACCAACGUCCCCCAGCUGCAGUCAGAUGAGGAUCUCAUCGAGGUUCUGGAGGACAACCAAGUCCAGCUGCAGAACCUGAUGAUGUCCAAGUACAUUGCCUUCUUCCUGGAGGACGUGUCUGGCUGGCAGAAGAAGCUGUCCACGGCUGAUGCUGUCAUCUCUGCCUGGUUCCAUGUGCAGCGCACGUGGUCUCACCUGGAAAGUAUAUUCAUUGGCUCCGAGGAUAUCCGGGCUCAGCUGCCCCAGGAUUCUAAAAGAUUCGAAGGCAUUGACAUUGACUUUAAAGAGCUAGCUUAUGCCGCCCAGAAGACUCCCAAUGUAGUGGAAGCCACCAACAAACCAGGUCUUUACGAAAAACUGGAAGAUCUUCAGAGCAGGUUAUACCUGUGUGAGAAGGCCCUGGCUGAGUACCUGGAUACCAAAAGGCUUGCCUUCCCUCGGUUUUACUUUCUGUCUUCUUCUGACUUGUUAGACACCCUUUCCAACGGCACAGCGCCACAACAGGUCCAGCGCCAUCUUUCCAAACUCUUUGACAAUAUGGCAAAGAUGCAGUUCCAACCGGACGCCGGUGAGCCACCAACCAAGAUAAGUCUUGGCAUGUACAGCAAGGAAGGAGAGUAUGUGGCCUUCAGCGAGCCCUGUGACUGCAGUGGUCGGGUAGAAAUAUGGUUGAACCGUGUGCUUGCUCAUAUGAGGGCCACAGUGAGGCACGGGAUGACAGAAGGUGUAGUUGCCUACGAAGAAAAGCCAAGGGAACAGUGGCUCUUUGACUAUCCAGCUCAGGUGGCCCUGACCUGCACUCAGAUCUGGUGGACCACAGAGGUGGGCAUUGCAUUUGCCAGGCUGGAGGAAGGCUACGAGAAUGCCAUGAAGGACUAUUACAAGAAGCAAGUGGCCCAGCUCAAAACCCUCAUCACCAUGCUAAUUGGCCAUCUCUCCAAAGGGGACCGGCAGAAGAUCAUGACCAUAUGCACCAUUGAUGUGCAUGCCCGGGAUGUGGUGGCCAAGAUGAUUGCUCAGAAGGUGGACAGUGCUCAGGCCUUCCUCUGGCUGUCCCAGCUGCGGCAUCGUUGGGAUGAUGAGGCCAAACACUGCUUUGCCAACAUCUGUGAUGCGCAGUUUCUCUAUUCCUACGAGUACCUGGGAAAUACACCUCGCCUGGUGAUCACGCCUCUGACGGACAGAUGUUACAUCACCCUCACCCAGUCUCUGCACCUGACCAUGAGUGGAGCCCCAGCAGGACCUGCAGGCACUGGCAAGACAGAGACCACCAAGGACCUGGGCCGAGCACUGGGCAUCAUGGUGUAUGUGUUCAACUGCUCAGAGCAGAUGGACUACAAGUCUUGCGGCAACAUCUACAAAGGCCUUGCUCAGACCGGUGCCUGGGGCUGUUUUGAUGAGUUUAACCGAAUCUCAGUAGAGGUCUUGUCAGUGGUGGCCGUGCAGGUCAAAAGCAUUCAAGAUGCAAUCCGAGACAAGAAGCAGCGAUUCAACUUCCUUGGGGAGGAGAUUAGCCUGGAUCCUUCUGUGGGAAUCUUCAUCACCAUGAACCCGGGCUACGCCGGCCGCACGGAACUUCCAGAGAACCUCAAGGCUCUCUUUAGGCCUUGUGCAAUGGUGGUUCCAGACUUUGAGCUGAUCUGCGAGAUCAUGCUGGUGGCAGAAGGAUUCACUGAAGCACGGUCGUUAGCCAGAAAGUUCAUCACCCUUUACCAGUUGUGCAGAGAGCUGCUGUCUAAACAGGAUCACUAUGACUGGGGCCUGCGGGCCAUCAAGUCUGUGCUGGUGGUGGCUGGAUCCCUGAAGCGAGGGGACCCUGACCGCCCCGAGGACCAAGUCCUGAUGCGCUCCUUGCGAGAUUUCAACAUCCCCAAGAUCGUGACUGAUGACAUACCAGUGUUCAUGGGCCUGAUUGGGGACCUCUUUCCUGCCCUGGAUGUCCCCCGGAGGAGAGAUCUCAACUUCGAAGCGUUGGUUCGGAAGGCAGUAGUGGAUCUGAAGCUCCAGGCUGAGGACAACUUUGUGCUCAAGGUGGUCCAGCUGGAGGAGCUCCUGGCUGUGCGACACUCCGUGUUCGUGGUGGGCAGCGCCGGCACUGGCAAGUCUCAGGUGCUGAAAUCCUUGCACAAGACCUAUCAGAUCAUGAAACGCCGCCCCAUCUGGGCUGACCUCAACCCCAAAGCAGUCACAAACGAUGAACUCUUUGGCAUCAUCAAUCCGGCCACCAGAGAAUGGAAGGAUGGACUGUUCUCUUCCAUCAUGCGGGAGCUAGCCAACAUCACCCAUGACGGACCCAAGUGGAUCUUACUGGAUGGCGACAUAGAUCCAAUGUGGACUGAGUCUCUGAACACUGUCAUGGAUGAUAACAAGGUGCUGACCCUGGCGAGCAAUGAGAGGAUCCCCCUGAAUCCCACCAUGAGGCUGCUCUUCGAGGUCAGCCACCUGCGGACGGCCACACCAGCGACUGUCUCCAGAGCAGGAAUCCUGUACAUCAACCCGGCAGACCUGGGGUGGAACCCUCCAGUGAGCAGCUGGAUUGACAGGAGGGAAAUGAAGACAGAGAGAGCCAACCUCACCGUUCUGUUUGACAAGUACCUCCCAACAUGCUUGGACACACUCAGAACCAGAUUUAAGAAGAUAAUUCCGAUCCCAGAGCAGAGCAUGGUCCAGAUGCUGUGCCACCUUCUCGAAUGUCUCCUGGCCGAGGAGGACAUCCCUGCAGACUGCCCCAAGGAAACCUACGAGCUGUAUUUUGUGUUUGCUGCCAUCUGGGCUUUUGGCGGAGCAAUGGUCCAGGAUCAGCUCGUGGACUACCGGGCAGAGUUCAGCAGGUGGUGGCUGACAGAGUUCAAGACGGUCAAGUUCCCCUCCCAGGGAACUAUCUUUGACUACUACAUAGACCCAGCGACCAAGAAAUUCGAGCCUUGGUCCAAGCUCAUCCCCCAGUUUGAAUUUGACCCCGAGAUGCCUCUGCAGGCUUGUUUGGUGCACACAAGUGAGACCAUCCGGGUGUGCUACUUCCUGGAGCGGCUCGUGGAGCGGCGGCGGCCGGUCAUGCUGGUGGGGACUGCAGGCACAGGCAAGUCGGUGCUGGUGGGGACCAAGCUGGCCAGCCUGGAUGCUGAGGAGUACCUGGUGAAGAAUGUGCCGUUCAACUACUACACCACGUCGGCGAUGCUGCAAGCUGUCCUGGAAAAGCCUCUAGAAAAGAAGGCUGGCAGAAAUUAUGGCCCCCCAGGCAACAAGAAGCUUAUCUAUUUCAUCGAUGACAUGAACAUGCCCCAGGUGGACGCCUACGGGACUGUGCAGCCCCACACCAUCAUCCGGCAGCAUCUGGACUAUGGCCACUGGUAUGAUCAGAGCAAGCUGUCCCUGAAGGAGAUCAAGAAUGUCCAGUAUGUUUCCUGUAUGAACCCCACCGCAGGCAGCUUCACCAUCAACCCACGGCUUCAGCGUCAUUUCAGCGUGUUCGUCCUCUCCUUCCCGGGAGCAGACGCCCUGGCCUCCAUCUACGGCACCAUCUUGACUCAGCACCUAACGUUUGGACACUUCCCAGUGGCCCUGCAGAAAUCCAGCCCCCAGCUCAUCAAUCUGGCCCUGACCUUCCACCAGAAAAUUGCCACCACAUUCCUGCCCACAGUGAUCAAAUUCCACUAUGUUUUCAACCUCAGAGACUUUGCCAACAUUUUCCAGGGCAUUCUCUUCUCCUCAGUAGAAUGUGUAAAAUCCACACAGGACCUAGUAAAGCUCUAUCUGCAUGAAUCAAAUCGGGUUUAUCGAGAUAAGAUGGUGGAAGAAAAGGACUUUGAUCUUUUUGAUAAAAUCCAGACAGAAGUGGUCAAGAAAAUUUUUGACGAUAUUGAUGAGACUGUGGAGCAGACCCGAAGCCUGAACAUGUAUUGCCAUUUUGCCAGUGGUAUCGGUGAGCCCAAGUACAUGCCCGUCCAAUCAUGGCAACUUCUGACCCAGACUCUGGUGGAAGCCCUGGAGAACCACAAUGAAGUCAACACAGUGAUGGACCUGGUUCUCUUUGAGGACGCCAUGCGCCAUGUCUGCCACAUCAACCGCAUCUUGGAGUCCCCCCGGGGAAAUGCGCUGUUGGUCGGCGUGGGUGGGAGCGGCAAGCAGAGUCUGACAAGGCUCGCGGCGUUCAUCAGCUCCAUGGAUGUAUUCCAGAUCACGCUGCGGAAAGGCUACCAGAUCCCAGACUUCAAG